AACGAGCCAUCGCCAUCUCUCAGAUUUCAGUUGCUGACGUGGCAUUAACCGGCAGAAAAAAAGAAACAGUUAGCUCCUCUCAGAAGAGAGAGAGAGAGCCUCUCGCGUGUUACCAAUCUCCAAAGCUCUCACCGAAUUUGAGCUGGGAAAAUCGAAUCGAAGGCAUUGUCUCUCAAUCAUAGCAACUCGCAAUCGAAACCUCUGUUUCUGCAAAUUUUCUUCGCUGCGGUUUUAACAACCCUGAGUUCUUUGAAAAUGGUUCAGUUUUUCAUGAUUUCUGGGGAUUCCUUGCAAUGUCGCUUGUUCUGAUAUCUACUGCGUUGUUCCGUUCCACAUUUGUGACGUUGAAAGAUUUUGGUGGGAUUCGAGUUCACGGGCAUUCUAGGGUUUCUUUUCGCUGCGUUUUGAGCUGAAUGCGUUUCCCCGAGGCAUUUUUCUCCGCGGUUUUAUGAAGCUUGAGUGUAGUUGAGCUAUGGGGUAGAUAAAAGCAGCUUUGUUUCUUUUUUCUUUUUGAUCAAAUUUGCGAGAGCUGAAAUUGGAGUUUUGGUUUUCAUGGAGAGAGGUUGGACGCUGCUUUAUGGUGUCUGCUUUGUGUUGGGUUGUGGUUCAAAUGGGUAUUGGGUCCGUUCUUUGGAAGCGCCUCUUAUUGCAACUUGAAUGGCUGAUCCUCAGAAAACUGGUGUUGGCGACAACAGGGAUAUCGAACAGGCAAUUACAUCUCUGAAGAAGGGCUCGUAUCUGCUGAAGUAUGGGAGAAGAGGGAAGCCGAAGUUCUGCCCGUUUAGACUUUCCAAUGAUGAGUCUCUGCUCUUAUGGUACUCUGGCAAGGAAGAGAAGCAGCUUAGGCUCAGUACUGUUUCAAAGAUCAUUCCUGGGCAGCGAACUGCAACAUUUCAGCGGUAUCCUCGGCCUGAGAAGGAGUAUCAGUCAUUUUCUCUUUUAUAUAAUGAUAGGUCCUUGGAUUUGAUUUGCAAGGACAAAGAUGAAGCCGAAAUCUGGUUUGUUGGUCUUAAGGCAUUAGUUGCGCGAGGUACCUAUAACAAGUGGAGAUUCGAAGCAAGACCUGAUAGUCUGUAUUCUGAAAGUCCGAAGUCUGGCACGAGAAGAUCCCCUCCAUCAAUUACACCAUUUUUUUUUUUACAACAGGACCCUGGAGAUACCAACGGAGCUGCGUUUGAAAUUUCUUCACAAAAUAAGUGGGUAAAGGCUUUCUCUGAAAUUAUUUCAUAUACUUCAGCUAGCAAGAGUUCCAGUCAAGCUGAAUCAGUUGCAAAUUCAUCUUUAUCCUCUGGGUCUGUGGACAACUCGAGCAAUCGAAAUUCUGCUUCUGAGGCAUUUCGAGUUAGUUUAUCCAGUGCUGUAAGUUCAUCCAGCCAGGGUUCUUAUCAUGAAGAUUUUGAUGCCUUAGGUGAUGUUUUUAUUUGGGGAGAAGAUAUAAGUUAUGGAAUUCUUGGUAGUGGCAGCAUGCAAAGAGUUGGAAGCAGAUCUAGUUCUGAGAUGGAUGCAAUCCUCCCCAAGGCCUUGGAAUCAAAAGUAGUUCUUGAUGUUCAUAGUAUUGGUUGUGGCUACAAGCAUGCUGUUCUAGUUACCAAGCAGGGAGAGAUAUUUAGUUGGGGAGAGGAGUCAGGAGGUAGGCUUGGACAUGGUAUAGAAGUGGAUGUUUUUCACCCUAAGCUUAUUGACACACUUAGUGGCAUGAAUAUUGAGUUAGUGGCAUGUGGAGAAUAUCAUACUUGUGCUGUUACAUAUUCUGGGGAUCUUUAUACCUGGGGUGAUGGUACUCACAAUUCUGGUUUGCUUGGGCAUGGAAAUGAAGUCAGUCACUGGAUUCCUAAAAGAGUAAGUGGUGAUAUUGAGGGUGUACGUGUAUCUUAUGUGUCCUGUGGACCUUGGCACACAGCUAUUGUUACAUCAGGCGGGCAGUUGUUUACUUUUGGUGAUGGAACUUUUGGUGCCUUAGGUCAUGGUGAUCAUAGUAGCACAAAUAUUCCUCGGGAAGUAGAGACUUUGAAAGGGUUGAGAACAACCAGGGUUUCCUGUGGUGUUUGGCACACUGCUGCAGUUGUUGGGGUUAUAGAUGAGUGUGUGGAAUCUUCUUCACAGUCGUCUAGUGGAAGACUGUUCACCUGGGGUGAUGGAGAUAAAGGCCAACUUGGACAUGUUGAUAGGGAACCAAGACUAGUUCCGGAGUGCGUAAUUGCAUUGGGUAAUGAAAACAUUUACCGAGUGGCUUGUGGCCACAGUCUUACAAUUGCUUUGACAACCUCAGGACAUGUAUAUACAAUGGGCAGUACAGCUUAUGGACAACUUGGCUGUCCUCCCGCUGAUGGGAAAGUCCCUACACGUGUUGAAGAUAAAAUUGCUGACAGUUUCAUAGAAGAUAUUGCCUGUGGUUCAUAUCAUGUUGCAGUACUCACUUCUAAGGCAGAGGUUUACACAUGGGGAAAGGGUUUGAAUGGGCAAUUAGGUCACGGAGACAAUGAUCACAGGAAUAAACCCACACUUGUCGAGUUUUUGAAAGAUAAGCAAGUGAAGAGUGUUGUUUGUGGUUCAAACUUUACUGCUGUUGUGUGUCUUCAUAAAUGGAUACCAAGUGUUGAUCACUCUUGUUGUUCCGGUUGUCAUAAUCCAUUUAAUUUCAGAAGGAAACGUCAUAAUUGUUACAACUGUGGACUUGUGUUCUGCAAAUUAUGCACCAGCAGGAAAUCUAUGAAAGCUGCCCUCGCUCCGAAUUCCAGCAAGCCAUAUCGGGUUUGUGAUGACUGUUAUAAUAAGCUUAAGAAAGCUUCUGAAUCAUUACCCUGUGUACAAACUCCUAGCUUGAGAUGCGUUGGUUUGCAAGACAGUAGGGCCACUAAAAUACAGGGAACUCUACUGAGACUUCCUUCUUUUGGUUCUAUUGUUCAAACAGAAAGCAGUCACUUGAAGCUUCCAGAAUCACAUUAUAGCCAUAUUUUUACAGCUUUGAAUGGAAAAUUACAACUUGGGGGUUUGGUUCCUCCAAAAUCAUCAAAUUCUCUUUCUGGAGAAUGCAGGAAACACAUUUCAGUUUCUGAGCCUGCUACAAGAAUAUCUUGUCAAUCAACGUCUCCAGUUUCAUCAAAGUCAAGCCCACGUCAAUCUUAUGAAGAUAUACAUGAUGAUUUAAAGCACAGAAAUGAUAUGCUAAAUCAAGAAGUUUUAAGUUUAAGGGCACAGGUGGACAAUCUUACUAGUAAGUCAAGAAGUCUCGAGGCUGAACUUGAUAGAACAUUAAAGCAAUUGAAGGAAGUGACCGCAGUAGCUGCAGAGGAAGCUGGAAAGUGUAAAUCUGCAAAAGAGGUUAUUAAGUCAUUAACUGCUCAGUUGAAGGAGAUGGCGGAAAGACUGCCAAAAGGGCAUGAUACUGACUCCAGCACAAACUCCUAUGCUGAAACCACUAACAGAAUUGUAGAUCAGUCCUUGGAUGAGAGCUAUAUAUCAAACACUAUCACUCCUGUAAGUGAAGGAAGCAGCAAUGAAGAAAAGCCAAUAUUGGCUAAUGGUUCUAGAACACAAAGUGGAAAAGCAGAGUGGGUGGUGCAAGAUGAACCAGGUGUAUACAUAAGUUUGUCCUCCAUUCCCGGUGGUGGUAAUGAACUUAAGCGCGUUCGCUUCAGUCGAAGGCAUUACACGGAAGAACAAGCUGAAAAGUGGUGGGCUGAAAAUGGAACCAAGGUAUUGGAGCGGCACAAUAUAGUUGCCUUAUAGAAUGCAAGAGAACCUGUUCUGUUUCCAUGAUCAAAAAGUCAAGCGUGAUUGAUAUGUGACGCUGUGGAAACAUUAAGUUCUUUUCUUUUUCCCUCUUUGACAAUUAGCAGGGGUCUUUUGUCCAAAAUUGACAGGUAGAAUACAAAUUUAUGGAAAAAAAAAACCACGGUAGGAAGAAAACUUAAUAUCCCGAAAAGUUCUAAACCCUUCCUCGCCCUCCUGAAAAAACAAGAGUAUAGAGGUGUAAAAUUUUCUUUUCUGUACUCUCAGUGCAAUUCAUCGGGGUCAUUUUCUUUUCUUUUCUUUGUACAACAGUGCAGAUGCGUGUAUGUUUCCUUGCAGCUGAGGAUUAUUUUAUUCAGUUCUUUUUGGCCUUCUCUA